AUGCCCGUAGAGGUUAAAGAGGAAGAAGGAAAAGGUCUUACUGUUGAGCAAUACAAAAAGAUGGAAAAAUGGAUGAGUUCAAUUGAAGGAUUUGGGCCUGUUGGUGCUUUAAGCCCACAUAAGCUAUGUUUGGUGAAAGAUCUGAUUAUUCCUCCUGAUUUCAAGCUUCCUGCUUUUACUCUCUUCGAUGGUACUGGAAUUCCUCUAGAUCAUCUGACCAUGUAUUGUCGGAGGAUGCAGCCAUAUGUUCACGAUGAGAAGAUAGUGAUUCACUUUUUCCAAGAAAGUUUGACAGGGAGUGCAACUCGAUGGUUUACAAGCUUAGAUCCGUCUUCUGUUGAGACCUGGGAGGAUCUGGCUAAUUUGUUUCUGAAGAAGUAUGAGUAUAACAUGGAGAAGGUCCCUACCAUCUAUGACCUUCAGUGUUUAGGAGAAAUGAUCCGAGUAGGGGAACGUAUUGAGAGAUGUAUCCAGAGAGGAAAUAUCAGCAUUAGCGUCCCAAUGCUUGAGAAACCAGAAUAUCAGAAGGGAGGGAAGAUGAAGAAGAAGGAAAAUGAGGUUCAUACUGUUAAUUAUAGCGGUAAUCCCACUUAUGGGUCUCCUACUUCUGAUUACAGGCCGCGAAGCAAUGCUCCCAGGCUGUCCAGUCCAUAUAACCACUACCCAAACUCAAAUUCCUACCUGCCACCUCAGCAUUCUUAUCGACCACCUCAGCCAACUUACCAACCACCUCAUCAGGUUUAUCAACCACCUCAGCAAAAUUACCAAUUACCUCAACAAGCUUACCAACCACCUCGCCAAAAUUACCAAAACUUUGAAAAUAACCCCAGACCCCGAAGGCAGCUUGAACAAUUUACUCCAAUACCCAUGACCUAUGCCCAAUGUUAUGAGAAGUUAUUGUCUAAUUCAGCUAUUGCACCUAUCCCGGGAAGAGGACCCCAGAAUCCACUUUACCCUCCUUGGAAGCCUGAUAUGACUACUAAUCCUUUGCCAGAUCAUGGCAAUGGAGAUACUAAUGCUGUUGAGGGUUCUGGUGAGUUUAGGAGGAUAAUUGCAGAGGUAAUUAUGCCUUUGAGUUUGGUGCUGGAUGCUUUGGAAAAGGAGAGACUUAUUAAAAGAGAGGAGCUGGACUUGACAUUGAAAUAUGAUGGCUAUGAUGAAUUGAAGACUUGUGAAUUUCACAAAGGCAUUCAAGGACAUUCUCUGGAGAGUUGUUUUCAAUUUCAAGCAAGGGUGCAAGAUUUGAUUGAUAGUAAGAAAGUAGUAUUUGGGGUAAAGUCAGGAUGCUCAAGUGCAGUCAAUGUUAUCGGGGAUGAAUUUUAUAAGGGGCCAAGGCCUGGUGGACGGGCAAAGCCAAUUGUCUUGCAGUACUUUUUAGAGGAUCAAUCGACUGUAAAAAGUCCACUUCAUUCAAAGCCUGCUUACGUGAGUGAUAAGGCUGUUCCGUGGGUAUAUGAGAAAAGUGGUCCCGAGGUUGCUGUAGAUAACAUCUCAGGAGUGAGUAGGAUAACCCGAACUGGAAGGGUUUAUUCUCGAGAGGAGUCAGGUGACCCAGUGUCAGAUGCGGAAGCUGAAAGGAAAAGGAAGGGAAAGGACGUUGUAGGAACAGAAGAGAAUUUGAAAGAUUUGAAAAAAGAUCAUAUUAUAUGUGAAGAAAUUAAGAAAACAGUGACUGAUGGAGAAAUUCAGGAGUUUCUAAAGAUUGUCCGUCAAAAAAAGAUACCGAUAGAAUCUUUUGAUGGGAUCGUCGGAAAUGUGCUCGCAACUCACUUGUUAUCAUUCACUGAAGAAGAGAUUCCAGAUGAAGGGAUGGGCCAUAACAAGGCAUUGCAUAUUUCUGCCAUGUGUAGGGGUUUUGAGGUGGCGAGUAUUUUGAUUGACAAUGGAUCGUCGUUGAAUAUCCUGCCAAAGGAAACUUUUGAUAGAUUGCCAAUUGAUAGAUCAUAUUUGAAGCAAGUACUAGUAGUAGCUAAAGCCUUUGAUGGAACUAGGAAGGAGAUAAUGGGGGAGAUCGAGGUCCCACUGGAAAUUGCAAAUGUGACCUUCAAUGUGCCUUUUAUGGUGAUGGAUAUAUCGCCUACUUACAGUUGCUUGUUAGGGAGGCCGUGGAUCCAUACUGCUGGUGCAGUACCAUCAUCUUUACAUCAGAAUCUCAAAUUUGCUCACGGAGGAAGAGUUUACAUUGUUAAGGGCCAGUCAGAAUGGAUGGGAAUUGAAAGCUCAUUCCGGUCCUUUGAGAUUGCUACUGCUAGUUUUGUGAAGGAAGAGCAGCUUUUGGUGCAGCCCCGUUUGUCGAAAGUGGCUAAGUUUAUUGGAAGAAUUAUGUUGAAGAUGGGAUUCCGACCAGGAGGAGGUUUAGGCAAAGAGGAACAGGGGAUAAAGAAGCCGAUAACGGCAAAGCGAAUCGCUCGUUUUGAAGGUCGAGAGCUGGAUGUCCCGAAAAAAUCAAUCCCCUGGCUUUAUGAUAGUUUCGUGUUUGGAGAUUUCUUGGAAAAGGUCAAUCUGCUCAAUGCAGAGGCAAUUCCAGGGAAAUUGAUCCUUACUCUUCCGGUUGAUCAAGUUGAAAAGAGUCGAACUGGGGCAAAUUUUGGAGGGCUGUGUGAGCAGUUUGAAGAUUUUCAUGUCGCUGUUAUAGAGGAGGAUCAGAACUUUGCUACUAAGUCUUAUUAUGUUGUCCCUCGGCCUCCAGGGAUGUCAAUUUUAUCCGUACCCGGUGGAUAUCCGCUUAUCCGCACCAUUGGAUUUUUAUCCGUGCGGGUGCGGGUGCGGGUAUGGGGGAGCACUCCCAUUUACCCACUACCCGUUUACCCGCUACAGAAACACUUUUAUGCAAUAAAUGGACUACCCGUUUACCCGCCUUCAAAUCAUUAG